GGUUUGGGCCGUUUGGGGAGCACGCUGUGAACGCCAGCUGGAUUGCAGUUCAGGAGCUGGAGAAGCUGGGGCUGAGGGAUGACGUGGAUCUGCACGUCUAUGAGGUCCCUGUUGAGUACCAGACCGUGCAGAGACUCAUUCCUGCCUUGUGGAAGAAGCACAGUCCCCAACUGGUGGUGCACGUGGGCGUGUCAGGCAUGGCCACCACUGUCACCCUGGAGAAGUGUGGCCACAACGUGGGCUACAAGGGGCUGGACAACUGCCGCUUCUGCCCGGGCUCGCAGUGCUGCGUGGAGGGCGGCCCCGAGUGCAUCGACUCCAUCAUCGACAUGGACGCCGUCAGCAGCAGGGUCAGUGCCCUGGGCCUGGAUGUCACUGUCACCAUCUCCAAGGACGCUGGCAGGUACCUGUGUGACUUCACCUACUACACCUCCUUGUACCAGAGCCACGGGAGGUCAGCGUUUGUCCACGUGCCUCCUCUGGGGAAACCUUACUCUGCAGAACAGCUGGGCCGGGCCCUGCAGGCCAUCAUAGAGGAAAUGCUGGAUUUUUUGGAGCACUCUGAAGACAAAAUCAAUUGUCAGCAUGAACACUGAGCACAGCCUGGCCAGGAGCUCUCCUAGUAUUGCACUUCCAAAAUUUUUCCCUGCUCUGAUGAAGUAUUGGGGGGAAAA